GUGUAUUUUUAUGCAUAGAGUGAAUCUAUGUUUAUUAUUUUUAUUAUUUUAAUGAAUUAAAGUGGAAAUCCACUUUAUUUAAAUAAUAAAAACACUGAAAAUUAAAAAUUGUAUAUGCAUCGGUAAUAAUGCAUACAAGUAGUUGAAGUACCGAGAUAACCCAACCACAACAAUAAGACUCCCUAAAUAAUAAAAUUGGGUUUUCAUCGCGCGAUCUUUUUUUUUUCAAAUUUUGAAUAUAUUUUCAGCAUAAUAUACUACAUUGAAACAAGCGCCGCAGGCGAAAAUUUGGAAUAAAAAAUCGCGCGAUUUUUUAUUCCAAAUUUUCGUUAUAUUUUCAGUAUAAUAUAUUACAUUGAAACAACCGCCGCAGUAUAUAAGGCCUACCAUUUUGAUUCGUUGGGUUAUUACUAUCUUCCUUUUGUGCUUAUUUUCUUCGUCGUUUGACAGUUCAUAUUCAGUAAUUUUGCUUACAUUUCAAGGAACAGUAUAAGACGUAAUUGAAAGCUGUUUUAUUUAUUAAAUUCCCUUUGAACAUACUGUGCUGUGAAUACCCCUAUUGCAUUUUUAAGAUAUCUCUUAGAGACAAGCUAUAAAACGCCAUCACUGACAACAUAAGAUUUCAGUGAGUAAGUACAACAUUUAAAACAGUGGCACCUGGAAGAAAGUGGAUGUAAAAAUAUGUUUCUGUUGCUCCUAACUAUCGCCUGUGCGCUUGCAAUAUUUUACAUCAAAUGGACCUACACAUAUUGGCAACGCAAGGGCUUCCCCUAUCACGAGCCGAAGAUACCCUUUGGUGUGCUGGAUGCCGUACGUAGGCGUAAAGCUUCCUUGGGUACUGCCAUCUACGAUGUUUAUCGCAGUAACAAGGAUAAAGUGUUGGGCAUCUAUCUAAUUACACGACCAGCAUUGUUGGUGCGCGAUGCGCAACUAGCAAGGGAUAUAUUGUCGAAGGACUUUGAAAGCUUUCACGAUCGUGGCAUACAUGUAGACGAUGAGGAGGAUCCGCAAUCAAGGGGUGGCAUUUUCUUUCUUAAAGGACGGGAUUGGAGGAGUCUGCGUAUAAAGUUGGCACCCUCAUUUACGUCGGGAAAAUUGAAGGGCAUGUUUGACAAGAUCGAGGAUGUAGGCGAUAGAAUGGUGAACUUUUUGAAUAAUCAGCUGACUGACGGCGGUGUAAAAGAGUUUGAAAUGAAGCAUGUAAUGGGCACCUAUGCUAUUGACAUCAUUGCAUCGGUUAUCUUUGGACUGGAUGUGAACAGCUUCGUUGAGCCAAGCAAUGAAAUACUAAAUGUGAGCCGAAAAGUCAACGAACCCACUUUGGGCAGUGUGGUGCGCGGCACGUGCCAGUUUCUAUAUCCCAGUUUGGAAAAACUCUUCAUACGUUUGGGUUGGCGUGAAGAGGCGCCCAAUAUGAUGAGAGAAAUCGUUAAGCGGACUAUAGAAAUGCGCGAAGAGCAGAAUAUUUCACGCAAGGAUAUGCUUCAACUGCUCAUGCAACUGCGCAACAAAGGUCAAAUUAGCGUUGAUGACAACGAUUGGUCGGCAAAAGCGACUGACAAAAUUGUGCCGAAACCCAUGUCCAUUGAAGUAAUUGCCACCAAUCUAUUUCUUUUCUACGUGGCCGGUUAUGAAACGACUGCCACUGUCGCCUCGUUUACGGCCUUUGAAUUGGCGCAAUCGCCGAUUGCAAUGGCGAAAGCACAGCUUGAUGUAAGGGCGGCGCUCGCGAAACACGAUAACGAAUUUACAUAUGCAGCCGUACAGGAUAUGAAAUAUCUCGAUCUCUGCAUAAUGGAAACUACACGGAAAUAUCCCGGACUACCGAUACUCAAUCGUCAAUGCACACAGGACUACCCGCUGCCAGAUAGUGAUUUGGUGAUCAAGUGUGGUACACCAAUUAUUAUUUCCCUAUUGGGUAUACAUCGUGAUGAAAAAUACUUUCCGGAUCCCAUGCUUUGGGAGCCAGAACGAUUUUUGAAUGGAAAAUAUGAGUCCGCCGCCUACAUGCCAUUCGGCGCAGGUCCCAGACAUUGCAUCGCCCAACGUUUGGGUCGCAUAAUCGUAAAGGUCGCUUUAGCGAAAUUGCUGCUCAACUUUAAUGUUGAAUUGAAUUCUGAGCGAAAAGAAAUCGAAAUCGCUAACUUUGGUGUGCCGAUUAUGGCCAAAGGUGGCAUUAAUGUACGGUUAUCAAAGCAAAAUCCGACGCCAAGCGCAUAAAUCGAAGCUGUUGGAAAAUUGUCAAUACUAAUACUGCUUAUUUAGUAACAAAUGACUGCACCACCUUUUAUAUAAGUCACGAGUAAUAAAGCUUUGCCGACAAUUCAAAAACUCUCGGUUAAUAAUUACUGGGCGAGAACGUCUCACUGUUCCGUGUGCAUUAUUGUAUACUUCAUAAUCUAUAUCCAUACAGAAUGUAUAGUAUAUCGUUUUGCAAACUGAAUUGCUGAAGUGCUGCCAGACUUUUACUUUUUUGUAAAUAAUUUUUCAGGUUGUGUACACAUAUGUAUGUAUCUACAAAAACAAAGAAGCUUUUUGUAGUCCUGGUGCAGAUUACGAUCUCAAAACAAGACAAGAAAAUAUUGGAUGCUGUUUUGAAGUAAUUGCAUAUCUAAUAUAUUGAUAAUUAUCGGAUUAUCAUAAAAAUUUAGUUUUCCUGCCAUGAUUAGGGUUCUGCGCAGCUUUUUCCUCGUAACCAAACGUCACGUGAUCGUUAUUCUAAGGCUCCUAACCGAAAAUAUGCGAGCAAUUAAACCGAAAAUUUUAAGCAGAUCUUACAAAUUGACAAUUUUAUAAACUGCGUGCUUAAAUAAAAGGUGUUCCAUUUCGAGGUUCCCUAGUUAUUUUAAAGAAAAAAUACAGAAACUGCUUAUUAAAUGGGGAAUGUUUAUUAACAUUUGAAGAAACAUUAUUUGGCAUUUAUUUUUUGAAUAAUAUAUCUUUCAAAUGUUGGCCACAGCUACGUCUUAAAUGGUCCAACCGUUGAGUUUAAUUUUCGAUGACUCGUUCGAGCAUUUCAACUGGUAACUGGCGAAUGACACGCGAGAUGUUUUGCUACAAUUCCUGAAUGGAAAUAAAAUUACCCGCAUACACUUUAGACUUUAAAUAUCCCAACAGGAAGAACACGAUCUUGGUGGUCAAUCGAGCGGCCCAAAACGUAAAAUUAUCCGCUCAACGAAAUGUUCUCUCAAUAAAUCCUUUGAUUGAUGCGAUAUGUGGGAAGUGGCGAAGUCUCGUUGAAAGCCAAUGUUUUCGAGAUCACGACCUUCAAUUUCAGGCAUCAAAUAGUCGGUUAUCAUUGUGCGAUAACGGUCACCAUUGACAGUUACAAUCUCACUGGCACCAUUUGUGAAGAAUGUGUCUCACAAACCACACCAAACCGUUGUUUUUUCGGGUUGAAAUGACAGCUCUUGAAUCUCUUCAGGUUGCUCUUCGUCCCAAAUAGGACAAUUUUGCUUGUUUACAUACCCAUUGAGACAGAAAUGGUCCUCAUCACUGAACAAUAUUCGACUCGAUAACGUUAGAUCUUCUUGGAACUUUUCAAGAGCUUACAGAGCGAAGCGAUGUCGCUUGGGAAGGUCGAGCGGAUUAAGAUCUCG